AAGCAAAGGUGCCAGCUACUUAGGCACAGCACAAACCUAGGCAAGCAUGCCUCCAUUGGUAACUUUCGGUACUUGCCCAAAUCAGAUUCCUAGAUUCUAGCCAACUCGACAACCGUCUCCACCCUUUCUUCCCCUCAAAUUUCAAAUCAGUCCAAAAAAACUCAAGACUGCUGCUGCUGCCGAUUGAUUCGCCAUCUCCUUCCCUCCUUCCCUCCUUCCUCUCCAAUCUCUCGAAGCUCCGUUGCUUUCAUGGCCGGGUACAAAGCCGACGAGGAGUACGACUACCUGUUCAAGCUGGUCCUGAUCGGCGACUCCGGCGUCGGCAAGUCCAACCUGCUCUCCCGCUUCACCCGGAACGAGUUCAACCUCGAGUCCAAGUCCACCAUCGGCGUCGAGUUCGCCACCAAGAGCUUGAGCAUCGACGGCAAGGUCGUCAAGGCCCAGAUUUGGGACACCGCCGGCCAAGAAAGGUACCGUGCCAUCACUAGUGCUUACUAUAGAGGAGCUGUUGGCGCUUUACUUGUGUAUGACGUCACCAGGCGUGCGACUUUUGAGAACGUUGCAAGGUGGCUGAGGGAGUUGAGGGACCACACCGACCCCAACAUCGUGGUCAUGCUCAUUGGCAACAAGUCUGAUCUUCGCCACCUUGUGGCAGUCCCACUGGAGGAUGGGAAGUCAUUUGCCGAGAAUGAGUCACUCUAUUUCAUGGAGACUUCUGCAUUGGACGCGACCAAUGUGGAAGCAGCUUUUGCUGAAGUCCUUAGUCAGAUUUAUCGGAUUGUGAGCAAGAGAGCAGUCGAAGCGGGUGACAACCCAAGUGUUUCUUCUGUUCCAGGUCAGGGACAAACGAUCAAUGUCAAAGAAGAGGGGUCUGUUUUUAAGAGGAUUGGAUGCUGCUCUAGUUAAGGUAGGUUUCUUCGGCUGCUUGUUACUCCAAGGGUGGGUCUGCCAAGUGCUACCUCUGUGUAUAUUUUCUCUUACACAAAAUGUCGUCAGAUAUAAAUUGGUCUGGGAAUUGUCGAUGCAGAAAUUCUGGAAAGUUGGUCUAAAACUAGUCAGGCCAGUCGAAUUUGAUAAGUAGGUCGAAUUGAAAUGAUGGUAUUCUGAUGGUGACAUUGUAUUAACCAAUACAUUCCUGAUUAUUGCUCCGAUUAGUCAAAAUUGAAGCAAUUUCGUUUGGACAAUGUUGAAAUACA